AGAUAAGGGCAAUGAUCAUAAAAGUUCAAUGUAAAACGUUGUAUUCUACUCUGUAAAAUUCGACUCCAUGGUAUCAUUCCAUAAACGCCUUUCGAGCACCGGUGAUUAUAUCCACGGAAUCCGCGCACACAUGAGUCAUGUUCUUAGAAACUCUGGCAGUAAAACUGUGCCGAAUACUCGUCUUCCCUUUUCCGAUGACAUCUAUUCCUUCGCGAAACCCCGGAUUUGCGGCCAUGGCUUUGUCCGCCUUUCUCCGUCAAAUGACGAAGCAAGACAAACGAAAACGUUGGCGGGACGUCGUUCUUGGCUCAAGUAAGAAGCAAAUCGUAUCCGCAUGCAUGAUGCAGGCCAUGAUAGAAAAAAGCAAUGAACGACAUGGACGGACGUUGACCGGAGCGAUGUCACGCUCCUGGGCCCGUCUGGUUUUCGUCUUGGUUCCUUUCUCCGCAAUACGGCGGCGGCGUAAAGCACCCCAACCCCGGGCAAGUUGAUAACUUGACGGGGCAUUCGCAAGGGGAUGUAGAAAUGGAAGGCUGCUAUUGCGCGAGUAUCCGUAAAGAGAUGAGAGGUCCAA